CCUGCUUCACUCCCUGAGGUCUGUCCUGGGGAGACACUGCUGCUCCGGGGGGCUGACCUGGCGGGGAGUGGCAGCGCAGUCCGCUCCCGCACCGCUUUGUGCGCGCAGCCGCCGGUCCCCCGGCUCCCGGGUCUGCCCCCUGGGACAACCCCCUGCCCCGCCCCAGUCAUGCAACUCUACCUGCCUCUCGCCCGUGGACCUUUGGGAAGCUGCCGCCCACCCCGGGGGCUCGGGCCCUGACCCUGCCAGGCAGCCGAUCAAAAUCUUGUGCCAGUGAGCUCAGCCAUGUUGCGUCCAGAUUCUCCUCAGAAGUGAGACUUUCCAAAGGACCAAUGACUCUGUUCCCUGUGCCCUUUCAUUUUUUCCUACUCUGUAGCUAUGUCUCGAUCGCGCCAUGCAAGGCCUUCCAGAUUAGUCAGGAGGGAAGAUCUAAACAGAAAGAAAAGCAGCCAACUUAAGAAGCCAUCUAAGGCAACCAACAAAAAUGUGGCAUCAGUCAAGACUGUGAGCCCUGGAAAAUUAAAGCAGUUAAUUCAAGAAAGAGAUGUUAAGAAAAAAAUAGAGUCCAAACCACCUAUGCCAGUCAGAAGCCUUCUGACAAGGGCUGGAGCAGCACGAAUGAAUUUGGAUAGGACCGAGGUUCUUUUUCAGAACCCAGAAUCCUUAACUUGCAAUGGGUUUACAAUGGCUCUCCGAAGCACCUCUCUUAGUAGACGACUCUCCCAACCUCCGGUGAUCAUAGCCAAACCCAAGAAAGUUCCACCUCCGAAGAAUUUAGAAAAGCAACAUGAAUGUGAUUAUAAUGUAGUUACUGACAUGGGAGUAAAACACUCAGAAAAUGAUCCUGUUUCAACGCAAGUCCCCCUAAUUGCUUCUGAUAUAGAGAAUCUAAUUGGUGUACAAAAUGCAUCUUUAUUUAAAGGUGAGAGCCAAGAGACAACCCAGUCUUGGUCCCAGAGGGUGGAGGGUUCCAAAGUAAAUGUCUCCACUCAGAGUGACCCUGUAGUAGAGAUUGUUUCUGGGUCAUCAGAAGAGACACGUGGUGGUGAAGUACUAUUCUCUAAAGAGACUUUGAAUGAUAUCAACGAUUCCCCUAGAAUGUUCGCUCAGGACACUCUGUGUGCUCCUUUGCUCCAAAGAGCAGCCCUCAAGGUUACUUACGAAGGAAACUCCAGCAUUCAGUUAGAAGAUUUGGGUUCACGAGUAGAAUCUCUUAAGCUGUCUGAUUCUUACCUGGAUCCCAUCAAAAGUGAACGUGAUUGCUACCCCAGCUCAAGCUUUAAUAAGGUUGUACCUGAAUUGGAACUUAGAAACUGUUUGCCCAUUGGUGGGUCCAUAUAUCCUACCUCAUUAAUAAAACUCCUCUUGGCGAGCUCAGAACAAGAAACCCUUGGUGCUAAACCGGAUCAUCAAGAGGUACUCAAAGCUACCCCAGAUCAACCAGAAAUUCUUAAUACCACCCCUGUCAUAGGACAGGCUUUUAGUGCUGUCCCACGUCAAUGGGAAGUUCCUGGUGCUAACAUAAUUCAUGGAGAGGCUCUGGAUGAGACCCCAGACCCACCAGAGAUGCCUGGUGCUAUUCCAGUCCAAGGAGAGGUCUUUGGUGCUAUCCUAGACCAACAAAUCCUUGGAAUGGGUGGUGGUACUGCCUCCGACCCACCUAUCUUUCUUCCUGCUCCUCUAAACCCAAUUGCUACCUAUAAUGCUCUCCCAGAAUGGCCUGAGCCCCAGAGCACUGUUUCAUAUGGGCUUGAGGUCCAGGGCGCUGUGCAGAUUUUGCCCUUGGGCUCUGGUCACACUCCUCAGGCAUCAUCAAACUCAGAGAUAAGUUCGGUACCUCCAAUAAUGACUAUUAGCAAUAUAGAAAAUGAGAAGCAGGUUCAUAUAAGCUUUCUGCCAGCUGACACUCAGGGGGUCCCGUUAGCCCCUGAGCCAGGACUCUUCCAUGCUUCCGAGGGCAUUACCCAACCCUCCCAGGCUGGUCCCAGCCCAUUGGAAGGUGGGAGCUCCCAGAUCGGCAUGACCAGUGUGGCUGACACCAAUACCACAGUGGUGUCCAGGCCAGUGUCACUCGCCAGUACCUCUUCUCCUUCAUAUACAACUUUGCUACCUACUUUGGAAAAGAAGAAACGAAAGCGGUGUGGGGUCUGUGAGCCCUGCCAGCAGAAGACCAAUUGUGGUGAAUGUACUUACUGCAAGAACAGAAAGAACAGCCAUCAGAUCUGUAAGAAAAGGAAAUGUGAGGAGCUGAAAAAGAAACCAUCCAUCAUCGUGCCUUUGGAGGUGUCAUAGCAAAAGCUAUGACCAACCGCCCCCUCCACCCCCAAAUAUGGGAGAAGAGAAAUAGAGAAGGAUUUCAUGGAAGAGGAGAGUGUGGCUAAUACUGGAAGGAUUUUUUGCUGGAGAGGUGUCAAGUUUGAGGAACCGAGAUCACUUGAGAUUACCUUAGGAGAAAACUCCUCCUGGGCAGUGUUUGUAUGUGUAGUUUCU